ACUAUUCUAGAUUAGAAGUUAAUGUAAUAUUUAUUUUUUACUUGAAAUACAAGGACAGUAUUCUCUGGUAGAAGUAAAAGGCAGAACAACUCAUUUACUUAUGGUGGGGGACAUAGUAAGGUAUCAAAAGUACUAAAUACUUCUUAACAGUAUAACUUCUUCUUCCUUUGAGAACAGCCAUAAGAUACUAUUUAUUUCUUUUAUUCAAUAAGGAUAUUGUGUUUUAUAAUAUAAUUAUAACUAAGGAAUCUAAACAUGAAAACAAAAAAAUGCAUAUCUUUACCAAAUGGACAACAGAUGCCAAUAUUGGGAUUUGGUACUUGGCAGGCAAGUGAAGAAGAAAUAGAAACAGCAUUAGAUCUAGCUUUUGAAGCGGGAUACAGACACAUUGAUACUGCUACAGUAUAUGAAAAUGAAAAUGCCAUUGGUAAAGUUAUAAAAAAAUGGUUAGACUCUGGCAAAAUUAAACGGUCUGAACUUUUUAUUGUAACGAAGUUGCCACCAGUCGGUGUUCGUCCAGAAGGUGUUGAAAAAUGGAUUAAAAAAUCUAUAGCAAAUUUACAAUUAGAUUAUUUAGAUCUUUACUUGGUACACGUGCCAUUUACGUUCCAAGAAAUUGGAGAGAAUUUACAUCCUAAGAAUGAAAAAGGAGAAAUUAUGAUCGAUACUUCUACGGAUCAUGUAAAAAUUUGGAAGGAGAUGGAAAAGCAAGUUGAACUAGGACGAACUAAAAGUAUAGGCCUUUCGAAUUUUAACGAAACUCAAAUAAAUAAAAUCUUAUCUAUUGCAUCUAUACCAAUUUCUAAUUUACAAGUAGAAUUACAUGUAUAUUUCCAGCAAGUUGAACUGGUUGAAUUUUGUAAAAGUAAUAAUAUUAGUAUGACUGCAUAUUCACCUUUGGGUAACCGUGGACUGGUAAAAUUGCUAGGAAAGACUGAUGUCCUCCCAGAUUUACUAACCAAUGCUGUUGUUUUGAAGAUCGCCCAAAAAUACAAUAAAACUGCUGCUCAAAUUUUGCUAAAACAUAUUCUUUGUAAGGGUAUCUCAACUAUUCCAAAAAGUACUAACCCACAACGAAUUAAAGAAAACAUACAGUUAUUCGAUUGGGAAUUGGAAGACGAAGAUAUAUUGGAGCUAGAAGCUCUAAACAAAGGAAAAUCUGCACGCAUAUGUGAUUUUUCUUUCAUGAAAGGUAUUAAGAAUCAUCCUGAAUAUCCGUUUUAAAAUUUUUUAAGUAAUAACCAAAUUAUUAUUUGAAUAUAAUUAUAUUGAAACAUAAUAUUUUA